AUGGAUCGCCUUGCAAUUGACCUCGGCCUUGGCCCAACACGGGGAGAAUUCGACAAUCCCGCAGUAAGAACUGCGGUAAACCCUAAGCCUAUGGCCGGGUACGCUUAUGGUAAGGAAAUCUCCAACCUACCUUGCGUAGCCUUGAAUAAGGAGAACACAGGAAUCUGCGAUGUUGCAGUCAAUGGCGACCAGAUGUGCGGCAUGUUCUUUGGAGACCAAGUCUCUCCGUGUCGACACCUGCGUAACAAGCACCCAGGAACAGGUGAGGAGAUACUUUUCAUAUGCUACGAAUGUUUUCCUGAAUAG